UUGAAUCAGUUAUUCAGGUGAGACUACGUUUUAAACAAGCAUGCAAAUUUCCAUACAAAAAGAGAAGCCUUGUGUGACGUAUUUAAGAAAAUGUUUACUGAACAGUGUAGUUUAAACAACUCUAUGCUAAUUCACACAGGAGAGAAACCUUAUGUGUGUGAAGUAUGUAAAAAGUCCUUUCGUGAAAAGAGUAAUUUAAAUAGGCAUUUGCUUAUUCACGCAGGAGACAAACCUUACGAGUGUGAAGUAUGUAAGAAGUCAUUUAGAAAAAAGUGUUAUUUAAACAACCAUUUACACAUUCACACAGGAGAGAAACCUUAUGUGUGUGAACUAUGUAAGAAGUCAUUUAAUCAAAAGGCAAGUUUAAACAUGCAUCUCCUUAUUCACACAGGAGAGAAACCUUAUGUAUGUGAACUAUGUAAGAAGUCAUUUAAUCAAAAGGCAAGUUUAAACAUGCAUCUCCUUAUUCACACAGGAGAGAAAUCUUAUGUGUGUGAAGUAUGUAGCAAGUCAUUUAUUCAAAAGUGUAGUUUAAACAGUCAUAUGUACCUUCACACAGGAGAGAAACCUUAUGAGUGUGAAGUAUGUAACAAGUCAUUUAGGCAAAAGCCUAAUUUGAACAACCAUAUGAUCAUUCACACAGGACAGAAACCUUAUGUGUGUGAAGUAUGUAAGAAAUCAUUUAAUGUUAAGCAACAUUUAAAGAGGCAUAUGCUUAUUCACACAGGAGAGAAACCUUAUGUGUGUGAAGUAUGUAAAAAGUCCUUUCGUGAAAAGAGUAAUUUAAAUAAGCAUUUGCUUAUUCACACAGGAGACAAACCUUAUGUGUGUGAAGUAUGUAAGAAGUCAUUUAGUGAAAAGUGUAGAUUAAACAACCAUAUGCUCAUUCACAAAGGAGAGAAACCUUGUGUGUGUGAAGUAUGUGAGAAAGCAUUUAGAAUUAUGCAGAAUUUAAGCAGGCAUAUGCUUAUUCACACAGGAGAGAAACGUUAUGUGUGUGAAGUAUGUAAGAAAUCAUUAAGUUGUAAGGGUAAGUCUCAUCUAUGUCACCUAUCUAGCAAGUGAUUUAGAGGAAAGAGUAAUUUAAAUAAGCAUAUUCGUACUCAUAUAUCGUAGAAAUUGUUUAUAUAGGUAAAAAUUUAUUUAUUCUAAAGAGUGAUUUAAAUAUUUAUAGCUACAGAGAUUCUAAAGAGUGAUUUAAAUAUUUAUAGCUACAGAGGAGAGAAAUGUCAUGACUCGUAUGGAUAGCAGAAUUUAUACAAAGCAACUAUUCUAUACUGAAGAGGUCUUGGUGUUUUGAGAUGUUAAAUUUAUAGCGGUCUUUAAUUAAUAGUGCCGGAAGGAAUAGUCGAUGCUGCAAUGAAGCCUCAUUAUGUGAAGUCGGUUUUGUUUCAUUUCUACGAUGCAAGCUUGUAGGACAUAAUUUAGGGUCGUUAACAUUCAUAGAAAUUUCAGUAAUGCUCAGUGGCAGAAUUUAGGAUUUCCAUGUGUUAUGCAGGGUGGUAUAAAUGUGACAACUGACCCUGUGUGAGGGAGGUAACUUGUAAUUUGGUCAGUAUAAAUAAUAAAGCAUCUAUUUGUUUCCCCAAAAGAAAAACCCAAAACAAAGUAAAUCCCGUCAUUUUAAGGAUUUACUGAUUUGAAGAAGAUUUACUAUUCCAAGUAAAACUAAAGCUUCUUGAGCAUAUAAGUUUUCUUUUUGCUUUAUAACAGCUGUUUCCUUAUAGAUUUCAGUACAUUUUUGUUUACUCGUAAGUUUUCAGUCUUUAUAUUUGUCACCUAGUAAAAUGCAUUAUGGUGAUCAUAUGCUUGUUACCGCUUUAAAAUGCUUCUAUAAUGAAAUCCUGAAGCAUGGCUGAAUGUUUCAGCCAUACGUGUACAUUAACCUAUGUAUACUUUGUGUUAAAUUUGCUUUCUCAGUUUAAAGCAGAUACCUAUCUGAGCUUUCUGUUUAUUGAUUUAAGUGUGAUGGUUGUGUUAAAUUUGCUUUCUGAAUGUAAUGCAGAUACUUAUCACAGCUAUCUAUUUAUUGAUAUAAGUGUAAUGGAUUGUGUAUGUUAUGAAAUAGUGUAUUAGGUACUUUUAUCUAUGAUGAAAAUAUCCUGAAGACCAUAAUUACCUAGCUACAGUAGCAAAUCCAUACUGGAGUGCAUAACGUUCACAAAACGGUUGCCUGAUGUUACAUUGGAAAUAAAUACAGGUUUUCCUCAUCUUGCAUUGCAAAAGAAAUAUCAGAUCUCAAAUGUUGGACAUGCCAAGCAGAGCAACCGAUGUAUAUGAAGUAUAUAUGAAGACAUUUAGAAGAAUGAAUCAUUGAAAAAAGUUUAAUACAGUAAUUUCAUCAAACAUUAUGCAAGUUAUUUCACUUCUGAGGGAUGGAAUUGCCAUAAAAACAUGGCAAAUGAAAAAUAUUCACGGAUAAAUUACCAGUUACUUGUAUCAUGAUAAAACACAUAUGGGCUAUUUGUCUAAGAGAAGGGAUGUCUUCAUGGAGGACUUUUGAGGGAAACUGUCUCGCAUUUACUUUACAUGUGGAGGAAAAUCAUGAAAUUUCUCUUGGAACCAACUCGUUUGCUGCGAUUUGAACCACGGUCGAACAAUCACUGUUAAGCGACAUUACCGCUGUAGAACUAAUGGGCUGCAUUAUAUAUCAUGCUUAAUGAAUUUAGAGCACAAAUGACCUUCAGUCCUUUUAUAUCAUCAAAGCCUGGUUCCAUUUUUCAUAAAAAUAAAAUUACUAGAAAUAUUAGUAAAAAGACAUUUAUUAAAAAUGCCGGGUAGAUGCUGUGUACCAUUAUGUAAGGGAAACUACCCAACAGGACCAAAAGUGUCUGUAUUCUCCUUUCCUAAAAAUGAAGAUUUGAAGAGAGAGUGGCUUUCUGCAAUCCAACGGAAAGACUUUUCACCCAAAAAGAGUUCAAAGGUUUGUGAAUUGCAUUUCAAGGAAAGUGAUUUUAAAGUUGAAGCUUCAGCAUUUGAUUCUAAGAAUGGAAUUUUAAUUUCUGCUCCACUUCAGGUGCGUAGAUUAAAAGAAAAUACAGUGCCAUCAAUAUUUAAGGACUAUCCAUCUGUAUACAGUUCAAAAAGUAGCACCAUUGUACGAGAAGAUCCUGAUGCAAAAAAAAACUGCCCGCGAGUGCCAUAAUUUACAGAAAGCAUUGCGUGAAAGCCUUAAAGAAUAUGAAAUGUAUAAUAAUGAUUUGAAAAUUAAUUGUUCUAAUGAUAUUUUGUCAUGUAUUGAUCGCUAUGGAAUAUCAGCAUUUUGGCAUGUAUACACAGUUCCAGAUACCUCAACUGUUUGCUUUAUUCAUAUUGUUUUUAGUCCUGGGCCAUCAAUUGAUUAUUCUGUAGUUGUGAAUGACAAUCAAGAAAUGUCUGUAUUUAUUAAAGAAAAAUCUAUUA